AUGAAUGGCCUCCAGGACGUCGAUGGGCUUUCCGAAUGCAUCGGUCGGGCUAUCCAGGACCAUCUUGCCAGAUUAAAUAUCAAUAUCGCAUGGCCACAGCUCGAUAGCCUUGACCAUCCCAUCCUUCGCGUCGAAGCUUUUCUUGAGGAGGCCGAUGCGAACCAUGCAACAAGAGCGCAGUCCGAGAGGGUCGCAUCGAGAACCGUCGAUCUGGCGGGUAUGAGAACCCCAGCCCUUACGCAAAGUCCAAUACUGGUAGAUUCUAACGACUGCGAGGAGUCUUCGUCCAUGGAUGAAUCUAAUCCCCGGGGCGACCCGUUCCCCCCGGGACAACAUUCCCGCGAAACCCGUAGGAAAGGUACUGGGGGUCUGAGGGUGUCGCAGAACCAGUCUUCAUUUCAAGAAGACUUGACUGAGCACCAACGCCAGAUGCAGGUGGAUAGUCGAAGCUUUCCAAAGCGGAAGAAGGUAGCAUCUGAUAAGUUCGUCUUCCAACCGUCCACUCUGGACAAGCUCAUCAUUGGCAUUUGGGAGCAAGUGCACAGUACACUCAACCUUGACCCAAAAGCUAUCUUCGAACAGUUCCAGGUAUCGCCCAAUGGAUCCUCCAUGGGUAUGGUCCGGCAAACGCAAGCGGAAGAAUCAUCAACUGCUAUUACCACUUCGAAUACGAAAUCCGAAUCUUUCAGUCAGAUGAAUAUCUUCUGUCGUAAAGUUACACAAGCGAGCCGUGUGUGCCGGUCCAUCGAGAUGAUCGUGCAAGCCCGCUGGGUAGAGCUGUUCGAGGAGCAGGUACAAUAUCGGAGCCAAUCGAGACCCGAGCUGUCUACAACAAAGCAUAGGAAAGCCGUUUUUAUGGAAGCGUGCCAGGACUUCGACUGGUCUGAGUAA